AUGAGACUGCGUUUGAUUUGAUCACACAUAAUUCCUCUUUCGUUUCAAUUCCACCACAACUCUUCUCAGAUAUUAUUCUUCUUCUUCAUGUUUUGCUUUCCUUAGAGCUAAUCGAAUAAUUUCUUUGGUGUUGUCGUCCUUUUCAUGUCUUCAGAAUCGGCACGCUGGUAGCACCUGCGGAAGAAGAAGAACCAGCAGCGCUAGUUCACAUGGGAUUGGGAAAAACUGUAAGAAGAAGAGGAGUCAUCCAAGGUUCUAUAACCGCCGCUGAUGCCGAUGGACCUGUGUGCCCAAAUCCAGAGAUCCUUCGACCAACGUUACACCUCCCACGCGCGCCACUCGCUCGACGAAUUGCCUGACAGCUUCACCAUCACCGACCCCCACAUCCCGGGCCACCCUAUCGUUUUCGCAAGCCCGGGCUUCCUCAAGCUCACGGGCUACGCGCGCUGCGAGGUCCUGGGCAAGACCGCCGCCAUCUUCCAGGGCCCGGGCACUUCCCGGAGGUCCGUCAUGGAAAUCCGUGAGGCCGUCCGAGAGGAGCGCACCGAGCAGGUCGUUUUGCUCAACUACCGUAAGGACGGCACGCCGUUCUGGAUGCUAUUCUGCGUCUGUCCCGUGUUCAGCGGCGACGGCGGCGCCGUCGUUCACUUCGUCGCUGUUCAAGUCCCGCUUCUCAAAAAGGAUGGCUCCGGCGUCAGGGAUUUCGGCUUCGGGUGUUGUCGGAAGGAAGUAUGCACUGAUUCGUUAUCGGAGCUUGGUCGCGUGUGUUCCGUGGAGCAAGUGUUGGAACGUGAUGUCAUUGAAUUGGAGAGGGAAGAUCCGUGUGUGGCGAGUGAUGAGGAGAUGCGAAGUGCCGUCACUGCCAUGGACAAUAUCUUCUCUGUGCUAACCCAUUUUAGUGAGGCAACUGGCAGAUUAGUGUGUAGGAAGAGGUGCAGCGUUCCUGACGUGGGUCUUUUAAGCACAUCCUUGAUUAUAUCUCUUGGUAGAAUCAAACAAAGCUUUGUAUUAACUAAUCCUCAUUUACCGGACAUGCCUAUUGUUUAUGCUAGUGAUGCCUUCUUGAAAUUGACAGGUUAUGGAAGAAGUGAAGUUUUGGGUCGCAACUGUAGGUUUUUAGGUGGAACAGAUACUGAUACCUCUACUUUAUAUCUGAUAAAGGAAAGCAUUAAAGCUGAACAACCAUGCACAGUACGUAUUUUGAAUUACAGGAAGGACGAAAGUUCAUUUUGGAAUUUUCUUCACAUCUCACCCGUUCGUGAUGCUUCUGGCAAGGUUGCAUACUUUGUGGGAGUUCAAAUAGAAGACAGCAAUAAAAAUGACGAUAGGCAGUGUUUGAGUCCAGAGAAAAGGCAGCUUAGUGUGGUUGGUGUAGUGAAGGUUGCAGUGAGGAGUUUAUCAAUGAGUGCGGGAUCUUCAAAGUCGUAGCAUAAGGAUCUUGUGACUUCGUUCCUUAUAGUAUUCAUCCAAUGGUCAAUCUCAACCAGGGAUCGUUGAAAUGAUAGAAAGAAGCUAAAAAAUUAAUUAUCAAGAGAGAAAACAAUCCAUAUAUUGUAAGAAAGCAUUCUGCUUUCCAAGUCUAUAAAUAAAAUGUAUUCUAUUUUCGCAUA